AUGGAACUCACAAUGCGUCCAAGGACCUCUGAGCCACUCAGAAUCCUCUCCCUUGAUGGUGGUGGAAUUCGGGGAAUCUCGAGUCUACUGAUUCUAGAAAGAAUCAUGGAAAAGAUCCGCGAUGUUCAACAUCUUGACCAUGUCCCACGCCCGUGUGAGCAUUUCGACUUGAUCGGGGGUACAGACACUGGAGGGAUCAUUGCUAUUAUGCUCGGUCGGCUGGGAAUGACAGUGGAUGAAUGCAUUCGAGCGUACCGAACAGUUGCGCAGCGUGUUUUUAUUCCGAAACAAAACGCAAUUAUCCCAGUGCGACCGAAUGGAAUUUUCUCUGCUCAGGUAUUUGAAGAAGCUAUCAAACAAACAGUAAGAGAGUUCUGUACGGACGGAGAAUGUGUGAACCGUCGGCGCUAUGGCUUUUCUACACCUCCGUGCCAGCACUCUGAUCUCCCCUUCCGCGAGCAGGCGUGCACAAAAACAGUCGUUUUUGCUAUCACGAAGGUCAACGUUGACGCGGGACCUACCCCGUUCCGGACAUACGACAAAUCAACUUCGUUGAAUGGUUGCACUAUUUGGGAAGUGGCUCGGGCUACUUCAGCUGCGACUACGUUUUUCAAGCCAAUUAAACUCGGUCGAGACGGGAUCGAGUAUAUCGAUGCCGGAUUUGGGUAUAAUAACCCAUGCGACAAGCUUAUUACAGAAGCUAGAAACGCGUUCCCUGGACGGGACAACCUGCAGAUUCUGAGUAUCGGAACCGGUCUUGGGAACGUGGUAGAGAUAACUAAUACGCGCCCGUCAAUCAUUGACGCACUACAGAAGAUGGCCACAUCCUCCAACAAGGUAGCUGCCAGCUUGGACGAUGAAUAUGGCGACAGCGGCCAUUAUUUUCGAUUCAACGUUGAGCGUGGUCUAGAGAACAUCAGUUCGUCGGAUUGGGAUCAGGAUAGCACGAUCUCUGCACAUACAAACAAUUAUCUCUCCCAGAAGUCUAGGGCAAUUGACAAAUUUGUGAAGACAUUCACGGCAACGGACCAGCCGAAGGUCCACCAAAUAAUUCCUUUUAUUGCAAACCCUGGCUUCACUGGACGUGAGAUCGUACUAGCUAAGCUCCAACAAAAGCUCUUUCUUCAAAGAACUGCCCGCAAAGUGGCCCUAUAUGGACUGGGAGGCAUCGGCAAAACCCAAGUCGCCUUGCAGCUUGCCUAUUGGGUAAAGAAUAAUCUGCCGCAGUAUUCGAUCUUUUGGGUCCCGGCGUUUAGCGAAGCCAGCUUCAAGCAGGCCUGUACGGGUAUUGUGAAGGACCUUGGCCUUCAACAGGUCAAGGAGGACGAAAAUGAAAUGGAGCUGGUUUGUCAGUAUCUUAGCUCCAAGGAAGCUGGGCCGUGGCUCUUCGUUGUGGAUAACGCAGACGAUUUCGACCUAGUCUUCGGAAGCGAUAGUGCACCAGGUCAGCUUUGCAAAUAUUUCCCGGCUAGCAAUACUGGUGUCCUCUUGCUUACCACCCGCUUCAGUCGGGUGGCGCAUGGUUUCACUCCACCGAGAGAUACAAUCCAACUCUCGCAAAUGGAAGAAGGCGAAGCGAUUAAUUUUUUCGAGAAACUCGUGGCAAAAGACCUCGUCCACGAUCGAAAGAUGACAGGAAAGCUACUCGAAGAGCUCAGAUGGCUGCCUUUAGCUAUCAAGCAGGCGGCCUUCUACAUUAAUUUUACCGAUGUGUCGAUUUCACGUUACCUCGAUCUCAUGCAUGGCACGGACAAAGACAGAGAAAUUCUCAUAAAUUGGCAUUUUCCUGAUGAUACUCGCUAUCCGCAGCUACAGAAUGCCAUUGCCAAAACAUGGCGUAUAUCAUUCGAAAAGAUCAACAGGUCAGAUCCUAUCGCCGCUGAGAUACUGCAGUUUAUGUCUUGCAUUGGGCCAAGAGGAAUCCCACGGUCUCUCCUUUCCUCUUACGGUUCGGAAGCACAAACGGAAUCCGCAAUUAGUACGCUAUGUGGAUAUGCAUUCGUGACGAAAACAAAAGAUGGAACCACGCUUGACAUUCAUGCUCUAGUCCAGCUAGCGAUGCUAUUAUGGGUUGACCAAAAGGGCGAAGCAUUCGAAACAAUCAAGACAGUCAUGCAGCGUAUGGUAAAGACAUUUCCGCCUGGGGGCCAGAUCAACGAACAGAUGAGGAGGGCGUACAUAUCGCAUGCUCUUGAGCUUCUUCGAAAGACCGAGGGACGAGAUAUGGACGAGAGGCAUGAGCUCGUCUCAAAGGUUGCGUCCUGCCUCACAGAUGAUGGCAGGACGAGAGAGACUGUGGGAUUAUUGGACGAGCAAGUCAAAGGGGACCAAAUCCGCUACAAUAAAGGACACCCCUCUGGACCGAGAACUCAACUAUCUUUGUCAGGAACACAUACAGCAGACGGACAGACGAAGAAGGCGGUGGAGCUGAGCGAGUAUAUCGCCACGAUGAAAGAGAGAACAUUGCAAAAGGCGCACCAUGAACGAGUGGUCUCCCAGUAUGCUCUCGCAAUGGCGUAUCGCGCAGACGGAUAA